UCUACUAGGGACAGUUGUAUUGCCGGUGCGGUAGUGUUUGCCCCAAUUGGAGAAUAUUGCCACUUCCACACAUUACUAGCUAGACAAGCAGUGCCGCUUCAGCCACUCCCUCCGCCCUCUUGAAUACCUACCACCUGUUCUAUAAAGGUGUGGCCAGGAAACUCUAGUGUGUACUCACACUGUCACUUUACGGGGCUGAAAUGGCUGUUCCAAAACUAUAGUGCAGUGUCCUGGGCCAACUGGACCUUCACCCAGAACAAUGUCUCCCAAAGCAGAAGCUGUGUCCCUCCGUACAGCACGGCUCCUGUCAGCUCUCUUCUAUGCAGUGAGCUCAUUCCUGAUUAUCCUGGUGAACAAGAAUGUGCUCACCGGCUACAGUUUUCCCUCAUCUACUUUUCUUGGAGUUGGCCAGAUGGGAUUCACAGUUCUUGUAAUGUACCUAGGAAAGAUAAAUGGAAUCAUUACAUUUCCAGAUUUUGAUAGAACAAUCCCAAAAAGAUUAUUUCCUUUGCCUUUAUUGUACAUUGGUAAUCAUUUAACAGGAUUAUCAAGCACACAGAAACUAAGCUUGCCUAUGUUUACUGUUCUACGUAAAUUUUCUAUUUUGUUUACACUCAUCCUUGAGAUAGUCCUUUUAAAGAAACGAUAUCCACUAUCUGUUGCACUGAGUAUACUAGCAAUUGUAAUCGGAGCUUUUAUAGCAGCAAGUUUUGAUCUUUCUUUUAAUUUGGAAGGAUACACCAUUGUGUUGUUGAAUGACGCAUUCACAGCAGCUUAUGGGGUUUAUACAAAGGAAAAAAUUAACCCCAAGGAACUGGGUAAAUAUGGUGUGCUUUUUUAUAAUGCCGCUUUCAUGAUUUUACCUACAUUGAUAUUUACCAUUUUGACUGGAGAAUUUGAGAAGGCUAUACAUUUUAGCAAGUGGACAAAUGUGUACUUUGCUUUUCAAUUUUUCCUUGCCUGCAUGAUGGGAUUUAUUCUCCUUUAUGCUAUAGUACUCUGCAGUUACUACAAUUCAGCGCUUACAACAACAGUCAUCGGUGCCCUCAAGAAUGUAUCUAUCGCCUACAUUGGAAUUUUUAUUGGAGGAGAUUAUAUGUUUUCUUGGCUAAACUUUAUAGGCCUAAAUAUUUGCAUGGCCGGUGGAGCUGCAUAUUCUUUUGUAACAUUAUGGGAAGUCCCACCACUUGCAGACAAGCAUCCAAACAAACAUAACUUGGAACAACAAAGGAUUGAUUUGUCACAUGUUUCGGGGACAGAAAAACAAAAAGACUUAUUGAAUCCAAACACAUUACAGAAGAUUUAAUAAAACUCUAAACA